AUGUUAGAACACAAGCGAAAUCACUCUUAGAAAAUUAGAACUGUGUAGAUAAGAUGCUAUGAUAAACAGGUGGCGAUCGACAUAGCAAUGGACAAGAGUGUGGCUGAUCUCCUGAACAAGGUAUGAGUAUCGGAGAGUUAAUUAUGGUAGCUUCGCGAACAUCCAGCAACGCCAAAUUCAUAAUAGUUGGUUGCUUUGAAAACAGUUUCGAAUUCAAUCACGAUGGAUUACAUGUUAUCAGUGCCAGAAGAGAGAGGUAAGUGUUCAUAUCAUUAUUAAUCAGCUUAACUGCCCAUACACAAGUUAAAACAGGAAGCUUUGAUUGGAGUCUAUAGAUAGAAUGCUCAUAAAUAAAAUCUCAGUCUUUUAGACUUCACAUUUGAACGAUGCAUUGGCAAGGGGGGCACUUCAGAAGUCUACUUGGUACGUCAUCAAGUGUCUGGAAGAUUGUUUGCUCUGAAGAUGAUCAAAAAAUAAUAUAUUACUGAUUGCAGGAGACUGGAACAAAUCCUUAGAGAAAAGAAAAUUCUGUCUCAAGUUCUGAAUCACUCCAAGUUCAUCAUUCCAUUGUAUGCCACAUUUGCAACCAAAGACCAUCUUUGUUUUUUAAUGGAGUACUCUGCUGGAGGUGAGAUGUUUUACCAUCUCUAAAAUUACCGUUUUACAGAUGAUGAAGCUCGAGCUUACAUUUGCGAGGUCAUUUGUGCCCUGGAAGAACUCCAUCAGCAUCGUGUCUUAUACAGAGACCUGAAAGUAAUUCAUAAAUUUGAAUGUCUAGCCAGAGAACAUACUCAUAGAUCUUAGAGGUCACAUUUAACUCACCGAUUUUGGGUUGUCCAAAUUGGAUUUGAGCGAAGAGCAACUAACCAAUAGUUUCUGUGGUUCUCCUGAGUAUAUGCCUCCAGAGAUAGUCAAUCGAUAAGGUUAUUCAUAUCCUGCUGACUUCUACACUCUAGGGUGUUUAUUGUAUGAGUUGUUGUUGGGUUUGCCUCCUCAUUAUUCUCAGAACACUGAAGAAAUAUUCCAUAAAAUUUAGAAUGAGGACAUCUCCUUCCCUGAAGACUUGAGUACAGAUGUAAUGUCAUUGUUGUAAAAUCUUUUGAAUAAGAAUAUUAAAGAAAGAAUACAUGACUUUGCUACCUUGAAAAAGAAUCCCUGGUUUGCUAAUGUCGAUUGGCAGGCUGUCAAAUAGAAGAAAUCCACUCAGAUGCCAAUAUUCAUUGAUAUCUAUGAGACUCACAUUCAUUAGGAGUUCUUGAAAAUAGAUGUAACUGAUCUCAAUCAAAGGAAUGAACAUGGCGAAUUAAGUAAUUCUGAAGAUCUCUUUGAUUUCUUCAAUUAUGUCAAUGAGUCAUACAAGGACAUAUUCUAAUUGAAGUAGAAGAUGCGAGUUCAAAGUGAUCAUCUCAUUGAUAAGAAGCUAUUACAAAUUAGUUAAUCAAGCUCAAAAAAGAAGAAUCUCCAAUUAAAUCUAAAUGACAUAGAGAAGCAAUUUUCAAAAACUCAGACUCUGAAAUAAUCACUUACACCCUAGAGUGUGAUGCCACUCUCUUUGUUACGCAAAUCAUUUCAGUAGAUGAUGAAAGAGAAACCCAGAAAGAGCCAAGACAAUCAUCCCACUUUAAGUACCGUGUUAUCUGAUAGGCCCAUAAUAGAUCGCAAUUAUGUAGCCAUCUCGUUAUUAAUAGUUGUAGAUUUAGAAGAUGUUGUUAACUUUAACAAGCAAGAAGAAACCACAGAGUCCUUCACAAAAUGGGUUGUCUUGGAGACCACCUCAAGUGAAAAGAGGGUCGAGUUCAUCGACUCAUUUGAAAUCAUCUAUAAGUUAAAGAGGAUAGAGUUCAACAAGAUAAAUAAAAUGA